GUCACUCUCCUCCCGCUGCCUAGCCCUAACGGCGAGCGAGGCGCCGACAAAAAAAAGUUUCUCGCCGCUUGAUGACUGAACGCCUGCUCAAGAUGAGUUGAUGCCGGCCUCGACCGGAAGUUUAAUAAAGCAUUUGACAAGGAGGGGAUGCCUCGCGCGAUGCCUGCUACUUCUGUGUUGACGCCGUCUUAGCGUCGGACGAUCGUGCGCGCGCGUGUGUGUGUCGCGGUUUCGGCGAUUUGUCAUUUCCUGCAGCGCAGCCCGUCGCUUGCGCCCAUUUGUGGAAAUGGCACGACAAUUCGCGGAGAACAUGAAGCAAAAGCAUCAUAUGAAUGAAAUACCUCAAGUGUGGAAGUCUUACUUGUACCAACUUCAGCAAAAAGCACCGACACCAAAGAGGAUAGUCUGCAAUAAAGAGGUGCCUAAUCGUCCCGCACAUUAUGGAAGGGAAUUUCACGGGAUCAUAUCUCGGGAGGAAGCGGAGCGGAUGUUGCAAGAAGGGGAUGGCUGCUAUCUGGUCAGAGAAAGCCAACGGGCUCCUGGUCAAUACACACUAAGCUUAAGGUUUGGAAAUGCGUGCAAGAACUUUAGGUUGUAUCACGAUGGAAUGCACUAUGUUGGGGAGAAGCGCUUUGCAACACUGCAAGACUUGGUGGCCGACGGUCUCAUCACAAUGUACCUGGAGACGUACGCGGGCGAGUAUAUCAACUCCAUGUGCGCCCAGUCACGAUACGAGGACAGCCCAUACAUGACGCUCCACUCAUACCAGCGGCAGCUUCGUCAGAAGCAGCAGCAGUCACUUCGCAUGCGCCACCACCGACAGCCACCACCUGCUGCUGAGCAAGAGAGCCAUGAGUAUGACAAGCCCGAUGAGGAGCUUGAUUGUCCCCUGCUAGAUGGCAUCCCUGAAGAUAUAAACGUCCAAGAUUUUGAGAAACCUCAUGCUUUUAAGGUAAAUAACUUCAAAGGCCUUCCUUGGUGUGACUUCUGUGGCAACUUCAUGUGGGGUCUGAUAGCCCAGGGUGUACGGUGUGAAGACUGUGGCUUCAGUGCACACAAUCGGUGUUCAGAGAAAGUGCCAAAUGACUGCUUGCCAGACACCAAGUAUGUCAAGCGGGUCUUUGGGGUGGACCUGACUACUCUGGUAAAAGCACACAAUACUCCUAGACCGUUCGUUUUGGAUAUGUGUAUCAAGGAGAUUGAGCAGAGAGGCUUAGAUACGGAAGGCAUUUAUCGUGUAUCUGGAUUUAGUGAUGAAAUAGAAGCUUUGAGGAUGUCAUUUGAGAAAGAUGGAGAAAGUGCACCAUUGAGUGCAUCAGCAUAUGAAGACGUCCAUGUAGUGGCGGGUGCCCUAAAACUGUUUCUGAGGUUGCUACCAAUACCCCUGAUCACCUUUGACAGCUAUACAAAGUUUUUUGAUGCAGUCAAGAGCAACAAAGUCGAAGAGAAGCUUGAAGCCAUGAAGGAAGCAGUAAAGUCACUGCCACCUGCUCACUACCAGUCAUUGAAGUAUCUCAUGAGUCAUUUGCAAAGGGUCUCGGAGCACCAGAAGAAAAACCUGAUGUCCCCAAAGAACCUGAGUACAGUGUUUUCGCCGACAGUGAUGCGGACGCCUGACAUCAUGGGCAUGGGUCUAGACCAGAUGAGUGCCUGGCACACAGAGAGUGCCGUCGUCGAACUGCUCAUCAGCUAUAAUCGGACUGUGUUUGUCCAGUAGCCAGCCAUCCGGGAGGCAGCUAGCCACACACACUUUAUGAAAGGUUACUCACCCAUGUGUCGUGUGCCCAUCCGCCAAAGAGUUUAUCAACUGGCACUGUCGUGAACGAAUGCAAGUCUGUGUCUGCUUCUAUCAGCUCCUUUGUCAGUCCAAAUCGACCAACUCCGAUGUCAAACGUGAGCUCGGAUCUGCAAUUUGGUUCAGGGAUGUGGCGAUAUCACGUAUCUUUAGAGACACGGUUGGUUGGAGUGAUGGGUCAUCUUCAUGAGGCACUCAGUAUUGAUUUCUAGUUCGAGUGUACACAUGCUUUGCGCACUGCGUUUUCUUUUCUUUUCUGCUGGUUAUGCUAACUGGUCUUUAUGGACUGAACGGGAAAGAUUUUGCAACCACUUUUUAAAAGCAAAAAGCAGCGCUAAGACAAAAUAUUUUAUUUAACCUACAGUGGUACAGAUAUAGCUUCAGAAUAUGCGUCAUUCUUCCAGCCAUACAAUUGGCCUUGUGGUGUUUUAUAUUCUGAGUUUGAAUCCACUGAGAAAAGUUUUUAUUUGUAAGAAAAGUCUGCUUCAGUUAUAAUUGUAAUUGCCAACAACCUCCUCUUCUUUAAAGCCAGAAUUGUUGCUUUUAAUUGCUGUACUUGCUACUGAUGUUGAACUCAGCCAUUUUACUAUAGUAGCAGUAACAGCAACAUUGUCGCCAUUUCAUUGCACAAGCUGAAAGUGAGUGCCUCGCACCAAAACGCUUUCUUCAACUUUUGAUGGCAGAUAUCUCUGCGUUUUGUAGUGAUCAGCAAUCUUGCACAUCUGAUAUGAAGCAUAUUAUAUCUGUAUAUGAGGCACAAAGAAGUAAGGUGUUUUCUGGGCUUAUCAAAUUGUAGAAAUGGCACUGCUGACAGACUACUAACCACAUUGCACUACUUGUUCUUUAUUCUACAGGCCACCAAGGCUGAAGUAAUGCAACAAUUAUAUUUCAACCCCACUCAUUUCAUGCUUCAUCGGUCAAAGUAUGCUUAGCCUAUAUUAUAUCAGCAGAAUGGGGUGAAGGAAAGUGAUAGAUAAUUAUUCAAUAGAAUUGAGUGGGAAAAAAAAGGGGGGGGGGGUAUUUUUGCCAAGCUACUCAAUGUGAGUCUUUUCAAUUGAUGUUCUUUAGACACAGCACAGUAUUGAAAUAGGCUCUAUGGCAUCUGUGUGACAGUGACAGCAAAUUGUUCUCUGAACCAUGGCUUGUGCAUUUCAUGCAUGCAGCUUUCAUGAUGCUUGCAACUUACUGCAUGCAUUGUAAUGGGCCGUAUAUGCACAAUGUUUUCAUGUUCACUCACUGAUGCCACAAUGCAUUUGAAUAAUAUUGAAAACAAGUCCAUGUGAUGUAAUGGAGUUCUACGUGGUGACACUAACGAGUGUUGACAUGCAAAGUACUUCAAGGAAGAAAGCAUAAUCGAAACAUCAGGAGACUUGUAGGAUAGAUACUUGUAGAAGACUCCUGGCAAAGGCACAGCAUCUUUUUUUUUUUAUGUCUGUUGUGUUCAGUGGUGGUCACGUGCCACUACAUAUGCUGUGAUGUUGUUGGUCCUGUUGGAUGCCCUAGUAGGUACUCUUUCUUUGUCCUUGUGGUAUGGUUUAAGCCACGGUUUACAAGUCUUUGAUUACUGUUGUUGUGAAUGCUGUGAGAGUGAGGUGACAGAAAGACAAAAUCAUCGUUUUUCUUGUGGUUUGUUUGGCAACAUCUUUGAAUGAAACCGCACGAAAAACGGUCCAGUGCACUCUUCUUAAGACAUAUUUUGCUAAUUCUCUGGCCAGAUGGACUGCAAAGGUGCCACUUUCUCUGUCUUUAUUUGUUUGUACCCCAUAAAUUGAACAUUCUUUUGUUGACAACGACUUCUCAUAGAACGGAACAAAUUUUAAAAGCUUUGUUCAUGUUUGUCUUGAAGGAACACUGAACACAAGCAGCAAGUUCAGCUAGUGGGAUGAACUCGCUUUUGCCAGCCACUCAAGGUUCAUAAGGAUGAAGAGCUGUCCUGGCAAUGUCUAACGAAAAAUUUUAGGUUGGCAGUAAAUAAGCGGGAAAUAGUUCCACAUUUUCACAGUGGUGGUGCCACUUGUCUGUGACGUUACGUCAUUUCCCACCUCACCAAAGGCGUGUUGUCGUCAAUGAUUUUGCAAUUGUUUUGUUAUUUUAGAAUGGUAAUUUAUGAGCCAAGCUGAACUUCAUUUUUGCCUUUAGUUUACCUAGGAGUACUGUAUGUUGCAAAGGUGUGGCAUGUGGCUUCAUUUUUUAUGUUUUAUCACUAAUUAUUUUCUUUUCUUUAUGGCAUAUGAGGGAUGGAACUCAUUUAUGAAACAUGAUUUUGUAUUAUUGAAUGUGGAAUGUGCUGCUGUCACUGAACAUGUUGAAGAGGUGAACAAAUUUAUCACACCAUGCUGUGGAAUACAUGUCACUGGAUAUUAUAGGCUGCAAGGUUGCAAAGGGUAGUUAGCUGAUUGACUUCAUGAGGUAUUAGAUACAAGUGGCCAUGCUGUCAACUGUGGCACAUGCCGUACUGACCAUAAAUGGCUGCAGUAGGUAAAUAUUACUUGAUUCCACAACCUUCUAGGUUGUCCCAAUCAGACAUGUAUGAAAGUAAGGGUAAUUGUCACUAAUGUGACAACGGCUGUAAAACACUAUAUCAGUGAUGAUGAUGAUGAUGAUGAUGAUGAUGAUGGGUGGGCGGGCAUUUGGGCAUGCUGCUUUGGAAUCUCAGUGCCUCAAAGGGUGUUUGUCGUAGCUUUUAACAAAGAGGCAAUUUUGAAAAGGUAGGCCCUUAUGUACCAAGUAUAACCGAAACAAACUGUAAAACCUUCAGUAAUAAGCUGUCAGCAGAAGUCUAUAGUUUAAAACACCUGUACAUGAGGUUUUUAUGUUAUAUACCAAGAUUAUCUGCAUUCGUACUUGCGUCUUAUCUUUUAUUUUCACAUGUUUAGGUGUAUUCUUGGCCAUAGGUUAAUUUGUAGCUGUCUUUUUAUCGGAUUCAGGGUAACAUUACUUAUUAAUAAAGAUUUACGCAGUCUCCAUCAGAUGCUGAGAAAAUUUGUGACGCCAUGAGUGAUAGGUAGAAAAAAUUUUCACAAUCACGUUAAUACUUCUGUCUUGUCUCGAUAUCCAUCCUGGCAUGCCAAAGCUCCACUCAUGCUAGGACUGACCUAAGAUUGAUUUCAGAAAUGUGCACUUAGAUAUAUUUCAUUGUUUUAGACAGAAUACAGUACUUGUGAAAGCCUGAAAUAUCUGUGACACAGUUAUCAAUAGCCCUUUUUUCAUAUUGAAAGUUGAUACAGUUGAGUUGUACCAUCACAUCAAAAUUUUAUUGUGCACUAGCAAAUCUAGCAAUUCUUGGAAGCCGGCAUAAUAAAUACAUAGUAAAGCAUUUAAUUAUAAUACUUAGUGCACUGUGUACAAUAUUUGUGCAUUAUAAGUUUUGGUCAAGCUUAAAGGGUCAGCACAUGGUAACCUAUAGUUUAUUCAGGUAAAAUUAUUUAAAUUACAGGCAGGCAUAGAAACGGUUUCAUUUAUAUAUCCUCUUUUAAGAUAUACAUAUAGCUUCCAUAUAUAGCUUCCAAUUUUUUCUCAGAAGUGAUCUGUGACUGCAAACAGAUUCUCUAUUUUAGUAAGUGCUUGUGGCUCAUGCUGAGGGGCUACAAGUAUCUGCUGCAAAGCACUGGUUUUGACUUCUGGCGGUUGCAGCCAUGUUCCUAUGAAGCAGUGCACAAGAAUGAGCGUGUACCACAGUUUCAGUGCAUUUUGGAAAACUCAAAAUAGCCCAAAUUAAUCUAGAGCCCACCAUUGUGUGGCCUUCGUAAUCUCUCUUGCUUUGGUUGUUACGCCCAACUGCAACGAAAUAUUGGACUGCGUAAAAAGCCUGUUGAAGAUAGUGUAUAUAGAGGUGCCUCUGUGCAAGGUUUUGUGCUGGGAAUAGGAGUUGAAGCAUCACAAAAGGCUUGCAAGAAUAACUGUUUUUGAUACUAAAACUGAAAAAUAAAAGAAAGCUACCAUUACUGCUUGCUGGAAGUGACGCUUGACCUAGCAUGUGCGACUUCUUCCAUGGCGUCCAUGAUUAGGCAAUGCCUGUGGCUCCCCAUUUCACGCUGAAAAAUCUUGUAGGUGAUGUUUUCAGAUUUACAUCGUAGCCACUAACCACCAGGUGCAUGCGCUUAGGCACCGUUUAGAGGCUGCUAAUAAGAAAAUUAUACAAUCGCCAGUUCUGUAGAUUUGCCAAGAUUGCUUCAGUGGUAUAUAUACUACAUGUUAAAACCAAAUAAGCCCAAGUGAAAUUUCGUUGCAGUUGGCCAUUAAUCAAACAGUCAUUAUCUAUGAUUUGGAUAAUUAGCAGUGAAGCAGUAAUGUGCAGGCACCACGCAUAAGUUUGUCAAGUGACAGUGUGCCUUGAUAAAGCUGUGCUAGGUUUCCUUGUUUUGGGUUUCUUGUUUGGUUGUAAGCAUGAGACUGGGUUUAUAGGUGAGGCUUUUCAACUGAAACACUUUUGCUUUGUGGUGUCGAGGUGCAUACUUAUCAGUGUUGUCAAUUUUUGAAUCACACGUUCAUUCUUAGGGGGCGGGGGUGUUAUGUUGAAGCUUCUAACCAACAUUGUGAGUACUAAUUUCGCUGAUCUGUAUUUAGAUCGAAACAGUAAGUUGGGCAAGUUUGUAGAUUAACAUUGUCGAUAUCAAAAGGAUCAAACUGUAUUGUGGGUAUCAGAGUCCUUGAUGUAGGACAUAAGUUGUGGUCCUUUUGCAUGUUUCUGUUGGAUAAGCUCUAGUUGAGGUUAUAACUUCUUUAAUAUUAUUGUGUAGUGCACUGUUGAAUUGAGUCAUACCACUUUGAUAUGCCAGUGUUGCUAGCUCACAUUGAAGUGGGGACUUCCCAAAGAUUUUAAGCUCAGACGUGAUUCUUGUAUUAAAGCUUAGGGCGGCGUUCUUGCAGUAUAUUUUCCAUAUUUAGGGGCUUAGUAUUUUUUGCUUCGUGGAUGAUCUCUUGUUGAUCAUAUUGUAUUGUCAACUGUGCACUGUGGGUUCAGCCCACUUGGCCAAUUCUUUAAGAUACUUGCGGUGGCAUAUGCCUUUGUGGGUCUUGUGUGAUUAUGAUGUGUGAGUAAUAUGAAUCACGAAUGCUUUAAAUUUUUAUGGGACUGCAUCUAGGUCGCACUUCGCUUCCCAUUGCUGUGAAGUGUUUUCCUUCGAUACCACCUUCGUUUUCUGUACUUUGAAUACGAGGUGCAGUAAAAAAAAAUUAGUUCUCGUCAGUGUUGCUUGGCAAACAGUAGCAGUGUCCUGUUAAUUUUGUGUUUCUUUUCUGGUUUUGUUCAUGAACACAAAAUCGGGCCUUAGCAGUUCCUUGGGAUAAGUGUUCUUCUUAACUGAUAUGAGUUCCUUGGAAACUGUUUCACAUUUUUAUUUUCUUUGCUUAAUAUGUUGAUUUCGGAGAAGCCGGUCCUUUGGUUCUUUGGCUCUGCAACUUUGAUUUUGGAAAACUAACAGAAGCUUAACAAUACUUCCGGUGCAGCAUUUUUUGCUCAUUUUAGUGCAAAACUAUUUCAGUGGCAGACCAGGAGCACUGUCAGAUGUUUUAAUGGCAUGUCAAGAGUAGCCACUGAGCUGAGGUCGCUAAGGAGAGGAACCGAGAAUACUCUACCAAAAUUUGCAGGGUGAACUGAAACUUUGCAAGGUAAACAUUUGGGCUAGUUGGAGGGAGAUCCCAAGAGUACUCACAGCCUAGAAUGAAAUGUAUCUGUAAGUGAGAAACAACACAGCACUGAAACUUCUUGAUCUUAAGUAAUUUGGGAACUGGUUUAGUACUACUGUAUGAACUCCCUUGCCUUUUUGUUUUGGUAGGGGAUUCAUUGUUCCAGUUGCAGAUUUGAAGACGUUGGUCAAUGCUGGGAAAUGGUGAUCAGCUCCAGAGUUGGUCAGUUGCUCUCAGUCUGCCAUUGGAAUUUGACAUUGGGUGCUCUGGAACUCACAAUGCUCUUAGCAUGCACUGCGACUGCAAGAGAGGCAGAAAUGGAGUGAUUCUUUUUGUUAUUUGGCAAUGAUGUUGCGAGUGCAAGCCAAGAAGUGAACCAAUUAUUGCUCUAUAACUUUGUGUCUUACACGCUCAAGAUGUUUUCACUACAAAUGUGAACAACAUUAUGUGUUCCAUUUAUAUUCUUCGUUUUAUCAAGUGUCGUGAUGAUUUUUUUGGUUAAUCUAUUUAUAAGUAUCCUUAGGAAUGGUGUCUUUUUCUCCAGUUUUCCUUGUAGUAUUUUUUUUUUGCUGAGUAUAUAUAUAUAGAUAUAUAUAAAUUAUUUAGCAAUUAUUUAGCAAGCUGGCAGAAAAGAAGUCAUACCUUGACGUAGUUGUAUUUUGUGACUGAGGGACUUCUUUAAAUUCUGUUUAAAUACUUUAUUUCUGUUAAGUGGUUAUUUGCGCAUGUAUACUAUGUGAUGCACAAUUAAUUUCUGAUGUGUAUUUACAAGUAUUAACUGUGGCGUGUGUCAUCAGAGUGCCAGAGGUAUGCAUUUAAGAGCGUAAUAAUUUAUAUUCCGGUUCCGCCACAUAAUGCAUAGAUGUUAUUUGCUGCACAGUGUGAGUUUUAUUUGACAUUUCUCAUGCCGGUCAAUGCAUUCCAAUAAAACAAGUUUUUUUGUAUGCCGA